AUGCAGUCGCGCACAAUCACCAGCACUACGGCAAUCGCCAUGAUCCUGAUCCUUGGGAUCCUUAGCUCCGAAGGUGUGGCGGCCCAGAAAUACUCGCCCAUCGCCAACUGGCACAUGAGCGAUCCGCACUACACCAGCGACCAGUACGCCAAGAUCCUGGGCGAGGCGGGACUCGGUCAGGAUUCCGACGAGAAGGGCAACACCAAGGGCCAACUGGGCGCCAUGCAGAUCCAGUAUGUGGACUACCAGCCCAACUGCCAGCCGGGCGGAGUUCCUGUCUGUGCCACGAACGGAACCGAUAGCUUCUACUUCGAGAACAACUGCCGCCUGGAGGCGGCCAACAUGAAGAUGCUGUUCCAGCACGGCACAGAACUCGAGCCCACAGAGAUGGAGCGUUGCCUGCCCACCUGCCAGACGAUGAAGUGCACCCAGGUGGAGCGACCCGUUUGCGCGCUGGCCGAGAUCGGAGGAGCCCUGCCCCAAACCUUCGCCAACGAGUGCGAGAUGCGACGACGCGAGUGCCACACCAAACAGGUCCUGCGAAUCCUGCACCCGGGUCCUUGCCAAACUCCAACGAAAAGCGGUCGCAAAAAGAAGCUCCGACGCAACAAAAGCAAGCGACCCACAAAAGCAGCCACAUUGACCUCAAAGUUCGCCAUCAAUCCGAAGAAAGUCUACUUAAUGCUGGCCACUCCUUCGCCUGCAAGGAGCACCAGCAGCAGCAGCACAACCACCAGGAUCACCACGACAGCCAGGAUGAGGCCCACCAAGGCCACCAGCACAAGUCCCUCGCCCAUGCAAUUCCGGCAGCUGAUGAGCCUGGCCAAUCCCAUGGUCUCCGUCUCCCGGGCGGUGGAUGCCUACAAUGUGUACAAUAUUCCCGAUGUGGGUCACGAUUAUGGCGAGAUAACCGACUCGUCGCUCUCGAUAUUUCUGCCCGAAGUGGGUCGUGUCACGGAGCCCUAUUCCAUUGGCAGUAGCAGCAGCACCACCACCAGCACCACAACCACAGCCACACCAUUUUUGGCUACAAUCAGGACCACAACUCUUCCCGAAACAAUCACCAUUAGAAGUUACUCCACCACUCUGAUGCCCAGCACCACCGAAACUAGUGACGAAACCACUGAAAUCACCCAGGAAUCGGAGGCCAUUACACCAGGAAUGAUCUCUACUCAGCCAUCCCUAUUCACAUUCUCAUCCACGACAAAUCCCCUAUCCAAGGCCACUUAA